UGGCUACGAGUAGCAGCCUCGCAUUUACUUGUUAAAGGGAUCAAGGUUUGCGCUUUGUAUGUUUCGGAUUGGAGUCGAAGAUAAUGUAGUGUGAUACAGGUAAGUGUAUCAAAGUGCUAGGUAAAAUGCUCUUCAUCACUCCAAAGAACGAACUUCCACUCCCAGUGUCGUCCUGGAAACGUUGUUUGCUUGACCUGAUAGGCUGGCUCUGUUUGCUUGACGUAUUUACUGAUCACUGUUCCGUGGUUGCAGUAUGGGUCACACGAUGAGUGGGAGCACCGUUCCAUGGUUCCGGGCAAGUCGCACACUUUUCCAAAACUCUCAUCUAUGCUAUUUGCAUCAAAUCCAUCCUUCCCUCUUUAAACAAAAACCUGAGUAGAACGGGCCAUCAAAUCUCUUGCACCCACCCGAUCUACCUAUAUUUCGAACCGAGUAGUCGCACAAACACUUGGAAAUUCCCAACACUCACCAUGACUGAGCCAUCGAACGUACCUAUUGAUAGCAUCACCUAUACACACAAAGACGUCGAGUGUGUCUUUCUCGAUCGACUGCUGGGCCGCAUGACACCACUCUCAGCUCUUGCAGGACCAGCGCCGCAGCAACAGGUCUUAGGCUCGCUCGCGAUUCUUCCCGUCGAACUACUUCUCAUGAUCCUCGAAAACCUUGCAGUCACCGAUGUGAUGCGUUUCCGACGCUGCAACCGAUUCGCAAUGCACGUCGUUGAUACAGAAUCGCCUCUUCGCCUUUGCUUGCAAUUUGCACCAAACACCGUCAUAGGAAUGAUGGCUCUCAGAAUCUCUACGCACGUUACGCCACAGCAGCUAUGCAACAAGGUCCUGCAGAGAGAUUGCGACCAAAUCCGGAUCAAGGACGUUUUACCGGGACCAGCAAUAAGAUACACUGAGUACCGAUGCGGACAGUUGGCGCAGCACAUAUACCUUCCUGCAUGCACGCGACUUUGUGUGGAGUGCAUACGACAUGAAUCCCGUGUGACGAACUGCGAGUUGACAAUGGGGUACCAAAUCUAUGAAACCGAAGACUUUACCAUGACACCGAGUUUUCGCACUCUCCCUGUCACCUUGACGAACGGCCUGAACAAGUUCAGAGCGGAAGCGCAAGAAACACUGUACACUGUUCGUCUCGAAUCAAUGAACAAUCGAACUCAUGAUCUCAUAAAUCUUGAAUGGGCUUUGAGGAAGCACGACUACACUCGACCCAGCGUCUCCGUCAUCUCAGCUGUUCCGAUCACCAUUGCGCGACAUAUUCCCAUAGUGGUUGCACCUUUGGUAAACUCGAUGUCAUUCCAGGUGGAGCAGGGAUAUUACUGCAGCACUUGCUUACACACCGAAGUUGAAGAGGAAGUCUAUACCCGAAAGUCUUUCUCUGAUCAUCUCCGAGACUGUCGCGUUCGGCCUUUUUCCCCAGUAUGGGAAUUCCGGUCUAAUUUAAAGGUCGAUCUAGAAAGUUACGAGUGUGACUGACAUAGUCUUAAGGAGGUGUGGGUUGCUUCAGACGAGACGAUAGCAUAGUCUAAGAACAGUGUUUAUAGUCCAGAACCUCCUAGAUGUUUGUUCUAUAUUGUCGCUAUUGUUAUGUAUUGUCU